AUGUUCUGGACUACUCUCCUCGGCUUCGCCGCCUUCGCCGAAGCGGCCCCCCAGUUUGGCGGUGGUUUCGGUGGCACUACCAUGCUGCGAUUCGGAUGCCCGAACGUCGUUAUUGACAGGUUGGACCCUCUUGUCAACCCUGGUUCAAUCCCUUCCUCUCACGUACACCAAAUUGUGGGAGGAAACGGCUUCAAUGCCUCGAUGACAACUGGCGACGUCUCCGCGACUGCUGACUGCACCACCUGCCAGUUCAGCGAGGACUUCAGUAACUACUGGACCGCCAACCUCUACUUCAAGGCUCGCAAUGGCACGUACAAGCGAGUCCCCCAACUUGGCCAUGCUCUGCAAUUCAACGACCAGUUCAGCACACAGACACAAGGUGGUAUUCUUGUGUACUACGUCUCGGCUCAGCCCGGUCAGAUCACCGCCUUCAAGCCAGGCUUCCGUAUGCUCUCCGGUGACGCUAUGGCGCGCUCCAGGCCCGACACCAAGUUAAAGAGGCAAAACUGCUUCCGUUGCUACACAGGCCCUAACUACGGAGGUGACACUGGUGCUCCCUGCAUGGAUGACAAUGUCGACUCCGAGGCUCUCCCCAAGAAGGUGUGCGCAGGUGGUAUCCGAUCCAACAUUCUUUUCCCCACUUGCUGGGAUGGCAAGAAUCUGGACAGCCCUAACCACCAGGACCACGUUGCCUACCCCACGUCCGGCCCGGCCAACUUCCUGAGCUUGGGAGGAUCCUGCCCGUCUACUCACCCUAUCCGGAUCCCGCAGCUCAUGUACGAGGUUGUCUGGGACACCACUAAGUUCAACGACAAGAACGAGUGGCCCACCGACGGAUCUCAGCCUUUCUACCUCAGCACAGGCGACAACACCGGAUACGGCCAACACGGUGACUAUGUUUUCGGAUGGAAGGGCGAUGCCCUCCAGAAGGCUAUGGACACCUCUGGCUGCAUGGGUGCCCGCUGCGCAACCCUCAAGACCCAGGCCAUCGACGCGGCAAGGCAGUGCAGCGUGAAGAAGGUCGUGUCUGAGGACGAAGACGGAUGGCUCACCGAGCUACCCGGAAUCAACAUGCCCAUGGCAUAA